AUGGCGUUGGUCGAACAGUGCACGUCACCAUAUCUCGAGGACGUCAAUCCUCCACUUACAACUCUCGAAGGGAGUGAUUCACGUGAGGGUACCCAAAGUAGUUCAGAUGAUGAAGAGAAUGUGCAUCGGAACAGUGUCAUUCGACCACCAAUGACACCAUUACGUUCAAGUAAAGCGAAUGCAGAUGAAGUAUUUGUGCGAAAUAUGUUGGGAUUAUUAAAUAAACGUGGAUAUAAUGUACGAGAUGCUGCAGUUGAGACAUCUAUUGCAUCGUCUUCACCUAGUUGUACACGAACGAGUAGUAUCACAAGUACAGGCUCGACAUUAUCAUCGGUUUUAUUAGCAUUACGUGAACCAAAUCAUGGACAAACACCACUUCAUAUUGCUGUACGUAAAGGAGAUGUACAAGUUUUGGAGGCAUUACUUGAACAUGAAAGUAUUGAAGAAUUACUCCAUGCACCUGAUUUUAAUGGCAAUACAGCAUUACACUUUGCUACAGGAAAUUGGCGACAAAGUACGUGUCUUACAAUUACAGAACGACUCUUAGAAGCAGGUGCGAAGGUUCAAGCGAUGAAUAAACGUGGUCUUACACCAUUAGCUGUUCAUAUGUUGACACUGAAGAUUGAUAACCCGACGGUUAUACUAAAGCUUCUCGAAGCUGGUGCUGAUGCUAAUACUGAAGUGGAAAGUAUUGCGAUUUUACAUUUAGCUGUACGACGACAAUUACCGGUAAUUGCUGGAGUUUUAGUUUCGUAUGGUGCGUCCAUGUUGCAAUUAAAUGCAGACGGUUUAAUGUGUUAUGAAGUGGCAAGUUCUCGUGUGAAACAAUUUAUGGUACGCAGUUUACGAAAAGCGCCCAUUUAUUUGUCUAUGACACAACGUAGUGCAUGCAUGCGAUGCAACUCACCAACACUCUUGACAAUGAAACGUAUUGUUGGCAAUAUGUUGAAAAAAGUGAUGGGGUUAACAUGUUUAAAACCAUCAAAUGCUGUGAGUGCUAUUCCAUUUGUACGAGAAGAUGAAGAUCCAAAUGCAAAGAUCAAAACUUGUCGACUUUGUGAAGCUAUUCUUGUGGAGAAAAAGAAAAAACAAGCUGCAGUGCAUGCAUUUGAUAUGCAUCGGAUGGGGUUACACACGACGUUAUAA